UUUAAUAAGCUAGGCAUUGUCAGUUCCAUGUUUUCGUACUACUUUAUCAUCUCUUAUGCUUGUCUUAUAAACGUGUUUUCUACCGGCAGUUGUGGAUACAUUUUUCUAAAUUUUGCAUAGUGUGAUGUUUCAGACAUGGAGUCAAGUAGUGGUGGCAGUUUUCCCAAGAUUAUGGUCUUUAAACCAACCAUGGAAGAAUUCAAAGAUUUCAGAAAAUAUGUCAAUUAUAUGGAAUCACAAGGCGCUCAUAAAGCUGGCUUGGCAAAGGUGAUUCCACCACCAGAAUGGACUCCAAGACGUGUUGGUUAUGAAAAUGUUGAUCUCAUGGUUCCUGCUCCAAUCACUCAGGUAGUGAGUGGUUGUCAGGGAUUGUAUACUCAAUAUAACAUUCAGAGAAAAGGCAUUCACGUUAAAGAAUUUGAAAAGUUAGCCAACAGUGAUCGCUAUCAUACUCCUCGACAUAGUGACUAUGAAGAGUUGGAGAGAAAGUACUGGAAAAACAUUACAUUUGUUGCUCCUGUAUAUGGAGCAGAUAUUUCUGGCAGUUUAUAUGAUGAAGACCAAGAUUAUUGGAACAUCAAUAGGUUAGGAACCAUAUUAGACCAUGUUAAUGAGGAUUAUGGGAUCAAGAUUGAAGGUGUCAACACUGCAUAUCUUUAUUUUGGCAUGUGGAAAACCACAUUUGCUUGGCACACUGAAGAUAUGGACUUAUACAGUAUCAACUAUAUUCAUUAUGGAGCACCAAAAUCCUGGUAUGCUAUCCCACCUGAACAUGGAAGAAGGUUGGAACGACUUGCACAAGGGUUCUUUCCAUCAAGUUUUCAAGCAUGUCCUGCAUUCCUACGCCAUAAGAUGACUUUAAUAUCACCACAUAUUUUAAAGAAAUAUUCUAUUCCUAUGAACAAGAUUACACAAGAAGCUGGAGAGUUUAUGAUAACUUUUCCUUAUGGUUACCAUUCUGGUUACAAUCAUGGAUUUAACUGUGCUGAAUCAACUAACUUUGCAACCCCAAGGUGGAUAGAAUAUGGAAAACGAUGCUUGCAGUGUACAUGCCGUAAAGAUGGAGUGAAAAUUAGCAUGGAUACUUUUGUUCGGCGUUUCCAACCAGAACGUUAUGAAUUAUGGAAAAUGGGGAAAGAUAUUGGUCCUCACCCUGAAGAUCAUAGUAGAGUGUCUCAUUCUAGACAAAGUGGUGACAAACGAAAUGCUUUUGAAGCCAAUAGUUCUGGAACUGUCUCCACAAAAAGACAUCCAGUCACUAAACUGGAAAACAUGAAAAAGCGUGGUCGCCCUCCUGGCAUGAAAAAAGAUAAAGAUGGUCCUUGGAAGGAUAUAACUGAAGAAGAGAUUCGACAAGCUAUGUCAGAGACUGCUGAGGAGCCAGUCGGUCUCAAAAUAGAACAUGAGUUAUCAGUUAAUGAUACUUGUUUACUAAAAAAACGGAAAAAACGUAAGAAGAAAACUGAAGAAGACCUUGAAAUAGAUGAAACAGUGAAAACAAUAGUGAAAAAUCAAAUGGAGUCUGUAAUGAAUGAUGGUUUACUGAAAUCUAACAGAAAUGGUUGUCUGUCACCUAAUAAUUCUAGCUGUUGUUAUAGUUGUCCUGUUUCAUGUUGUGCUGCACAAUCUUAUUCUUGUAUGCAGCCAAAUAAUUAUCAUAAUGGCACUUCACCAUCUCACAACUAUAUGUCACCUCACACUCAGGCAUAUGGAGCCAUGACACAUAGUUCUGGUUUGCUGGUGAAUAAAGAAACAUCUGCACAGCAUUUCAGAGAAAAUGGUGAAAUAACAGAUAAAGUUUCUCACUCAGAUUCAUAUGAUGGUUUGUCUAAAUUCACUCCACUCAAUGCAGAUUCCAACACAAAGAUGAAGAAGAAGGUAAAAAAAGUGAAGAAAGAAUUAAUGGAUACCAAUCUUGCUAUGAAAGGAAUGUCCUCAAAUCAAAAUAUAUAUGGCUUCAAACCUGGAGCUGAAGGUUGCAUUCCAAAUAAUAUGGUUCAAAAUGAAAAUUCUUCAUUUGAAAAUCAUGAUGAACCCUUGCAUAAAAAAUUGAAACAAGAGUGCUGUUCAGGACAUUUUCAGCCAUCUAGAACGAAUGGUUCUUAUUAUAGUUGUUCCAGUAGUCCUGCUCCACCUUGCCAAGCCAAUUCAAACUGUGGGCAACUGAACAACAAUCUUCACCUACCACACCCAAUGAAUGCCAACAGUCAGUCUUUAACAGAUAAACAGAAAAGAUCCAGUCCACUUGCUAACACCAAUGGCAAUCAUGAAUCAUGCUGUGGUUUUACAGCAGAUCAUACCUCAAAUGGUAAUGAAGCUGGCUUUUACUCAGAUGGUAAGGGCAUGCAAGAUGGUUGUAUGUCUGAGGAAUGUAACUCAUCACAUAUGACAUGUUGCUGCAUGUGUUCAGAUGAGAGCUGUGCCGGCAGUUUGGUGGAACAGCCUCAAGAAUCACCACAGCAACAACUGAACUCCCCUCCUCUUUCACAGCAGCAGUAUUCUUAUUCACAACAACAACAACAACAACAACAACAACAACAAUACCAGUAUCCUCAACAGCAACAAUAUCCCUCUCUGCAGCAGCAACAAACUCAGGAGAAUCAGCAAUUACAACACUACCAACAGCAGCAAGAUCAUCAAGUCCCAGAACAACAACAAGAACAACUGCAUCCUCACUUGCAUCAGCAACUGCAGCAAUAUCAUCCUCACCAGCAUCACCAAUAUAAUGGCAAGAACAACAACAGUAACAAUCACCACCAUCAUCACCAUCAUCAUCAUCAACAACAACCUAAAGAUGCAUGUCAGGAACAGCUGCAGCAGGCUCAACAUACUGUACAGUAUUCUGAUAUGUCGCAGCAGUCUUCUGCUACUAAUGAACAAUUACAGCAAGUCUCUUCAAGUAAACUUUAUUCAAAUCCUAGUUUUACUGAUUCAGGACAAGACCUGAUUAAAUUGGCCCAUGAUAUUCUUCACAAUGCACCUGAAUCCUCUAAACAAGCUUCAAUUAAUAAAGGAGAAUUGAUCUCUUCACAUAAUAGAAGCCAAGAUGGACAUGUUUCAACUGUGGGGAAUGAGUCAACUGUAAAUACCAACGACAUUUCAGUUAAGUCUUCAUCAUGUUGUAUGUAUUCAAGUAAAAAGAUGCCACUUUUAUUACCACAAUCUCAUGAGAUGUCUUCUGCAGAACAAAUGUCUACAAUUGGAUCUGGAAAUUCGCAUCAGAAUUCUGUACAUAUGCCUAUGCUGAAAGCAGAAGUUUCUGAUACUAAUUCAGUGACACUGCAGAAAAAACCAGGAUCGAAUACUGCCAUUGUUACUGGGAAUGACCCUAAUUCACAUGGUAACAUGCAGACUGAUUGCGCUAUGAUGUCCCCUCAAAGUUGCUCUGUUAAAGAUAGAAAUAACAAACACACUUAUAUGCAGUUAUCUCCUGCCAACAACAACAACAACAAUCCUAUGACAGGAAAUAUGUGUAACUCAUCUUCUUAUCAACCUGGCUUUAUACGGGCACCAAUUAGCCAUGUACAAAGGAAUAUACAAUCUUGUCAAUAUGCUCCAUUGCCUGGAAAGAAACUUUGUCAUAGAGCACCAGUUGCAGUGAAUUCUCCUAUGAAUUCUAAUGCAUCAUAUGGUAAACAAAAGAAAGAGAGAAAUCAGCGAAAGAACAAAGAUAAGACAUCUAAAGAGCCAGGUACACCAAGCAUUGUGACUGAUGCUCUAAUUGCAAGUGUUUUGAAAGCUGAAACUGAACUAAUGGCUCAAAAUUCACGCAAAGCAGCUGCUGUUGCAAAUAAUGUAGCACCACAAGGGAUGGGUAAGAAAGACAUUGCCUUGCCAUUGCCCUUAUCAUCAGCUGGAGAACUGUCAGUAUCAACAACCCUUGCCAAAUAUGUUAGUGGACAGAAAAGACCAAACAACAACAAUUACACCAAGCCAUGUCCGAGUGUCUCCUCUUCAUGUAAUCCCUUGCAAACAUAUAAUAAUUUACCUUAUCUGAAUUCAAAUUCAAAAGCUGGCUCAGCUAAAACAGUUGUAGUCAGUUCACCAAUGUCUGUGUGUGGCUCGAUUCCAUCCACUGGUUUUCAGUCUUGUCAGAUAAACAAAAAUUCUGAAAAUUCUGUUGCCCAAGGAAAUUCUUGUAAGAAAGAUGAUAAUGGGAUUGUUUCUCCAUCUUCGAUUCAGAGUAGUUCAGAGACUCCAGUUGGUCAAACCCAAUUUGUUUUACAAGGAGUACACCAAAUUCAACCUGUUUUACAACAAAUUCAAUCAAGCACUCGUUUAAAGUCCCCACAUAGCAUUAUGAAAACACUCCCUACUAAUUCUGUCCCCAACUCCUCAGAGUCUCUAAUGAAUCAUAACCACAUAAAUAAAGUUGUGGGUAGCUUGUCUGUACAAAUGGUAAAAAAUACAAAAUCUGCAACUUCUCCAGAUAAUAAAAAUUUGCAGGGUUCUCCAAUCAGUUCUCCUUCACAGCCUGUAGUUGUAAGAUCCAGUCAUGCCAAUGCUCAGUCAUAUUUUCAGUCAGACUUUUCAAAUCCCCAUGUGUUCACUCCUUCUUCAAACUGCACAUCUAGUCCCAAUGAUAGUAAUAACAACCUUCAUUAUGCCCCUGAAGUGAACUCUUACAGCACUACGACGACAGCAUCUACUUGGAAUACUAUUGGUACAAGUUUCCCUUGUAGUAACACUACCACCUCUUUGAAUAGCAGUAACUUGACUAAAUAUGUGAAAUCGAGUUCAGCAAUUGUUGCUGAGCCACUGCUUCCUACUUCUUUGAAUACAGAUACUUUAAACGCUUGUAUGGGACUGGCUGGAACCAGCAACUUCAGUAUUCUUGGUAAGGGCAUAUGGCAGUCAACCUGUGUCAGGAAUAACGACAGCUUGGAUUGCUCUGCUUAUACUGACCAGCAUUCCAACCAAACACCUGCCUUGAAAAAUAAACAAACUUUUUCUUCUAUCACUACUCCUCAGCCACCUCCUCCCCCUCCUCUUCCCACUCCACCUCCUUCCUUGCUUUCUCCUCCACCCCCCAUCAUCAAUGUUACUAAUCCUAAUACUACAAAACAUUCAGAGCCAGCAUCUAAAAAAGACAGAAAACCAUGCAAAAAGCAAGAUAAGCCAUCUGGAACACAUCCAGAAACUAAUGAACAGAAAUCUGCUAAGAAAUCUCUGGCAGGAAAUGGAUCAGUAGCUGAUGAAAAGCCAUCUGCAAAGGUUUCUAAAAGGAAAAAGUCUGAGUGUACUAAAGAAAAUUCUGAUACUAAAACGGUUUCUCAAUCGGUUUGUAGUGAUAGCUCCAGUCUUGAACAUUUGCAGGCACAGCAGAAACACCAGAAAACAGUCUCCAGUUCAAAGACUUUGUCAUCAUCAAAACAGAGGGUGUCUCCACCAGAUCAAGAUUCUCACUCAAAUUCAGCCACAAGUGGUUCAGGGGAGAACUGUGAGAUUAAUGAAAAGUGGGCUAAACCUUUUCUGAACCUUUGGCAUGAUGUCCCUGCCAACCUAAAAGCUGAGAUUCAGUUCAAUGUUGCAGUAUCAAAACUGGAGCCUCAUUGUUCAGUGUGUUCCCUGUUCACUCCUGUCGAGUUUGACAAUGAGGGAGAAUCUAUUUUGCUUAAAAAAACAGACAAAAAAACUGGAAAGUCCACUGGAUCCUUGCCAGAUCAAAGUUUGCCUGUGAUACCAGAAAUAUGUUUUGCAAUAAGCUCUGAGAAUCCACGACCAGAAGAAAAUGGAGCUGUUUUUGAUGAUGAAUCCUGGAGCAAACUUCUAAUAUGUCAGCUUUGCAAAGUUUGUGUUCAUGCAAGUUGCUAUGGCGCUAAAGAAACUACCACUUGGAAGUGUCAACGUUGUAAAAAGAAGGCUUUUUCUGCUGAAUGCAGUUUAUGUUGCUUGCGUGGGGGAGCUUUGAAACUCACGACUGAUGGUCGCUGGUGUCACUUAGUCUGUGCACUUUCUCUGCCAGAUGUGUCUUUUCAGGACAUUGAUGCACGUGGACCCAUUGAUAUGUCAAAAAUGUCUCCCAAAAGGGCCAAACUGAAAUGUUGCUACUGUCAUCCCAAAGCCAAGUCAGAUGGUACCCAUGGAAGCUGUGCGCAGUGUUCAUAUGGACGAUGUACAUUGUCUUUCCACAUUACUUGCGCUCAUGCUGCCGGGGUGGUCUUUGAGACCAGUGACUGGCCAUACCCAGUUUAUAUUACCUGCCAUAGACACAAUUCCAACAAAGAAAAGACGAGACGUAAUAACCUGAUGUCUUUAAAGAUUUCUGAUAAAGUGAUUGCAAAGCACAAAAAUCGUAGAUACUACAAAGCUGAUGUGUCAGCUAUCAAGAACCAGAUUUUUUAUGCAGUGGACUUCAAUGAUGGUUCUUUUAGUGAUAAUCUCUUCCCUGAAGAUAUCCAAGGGCGUGAUUGUUUAACUGAAGGGCCUCCUCGUGUUGGGGAAGCUGUGCAAGUGAAAUGGCCAGAUGGAGGUAUAUAUGAUGCAGUGUUCCAGAAUCACAGCUCAGCACUGCUAUACACCGUAGAAUUUGAAGAUGGAUCUGAAUUAACUUUCAAACGAGAAGAAUUAUGGAAAGAAAAUGAAGAAUUGCCUCAAUAUGUUAAAUCUCGAUUGUCUGUUGCAACAGAACGAAAAUACGAUAUCUUCUAUGUUGAUGGGGUUAUUUCAAAGAACCGGCGGCCGAAACCAAAGAAUCGUUCCUAUUCCAUAUAUUCUUCAUAACUUUUAACAUCAUACCCAUGUUCACUAAUUACUUUGUAACAUUUCCCAUCAGUUUAAUAUUUAAAUUUGACUAUUUUUGCUCUAAUUUUAGUUCUUUUGCACCCCUGUUCAAACUUUCUAUUUGUUUUGUGUACAUUUCGGUAUCAGUGGGAAGCUCAACAAAUAUAUAAUAGAGAGACUCCACCUCUAAUUUCCAACACCUGGUUUUGCAUCUUCUCUCUUCCACAUGUGCAGAGAAGGAACCCCCCUCCCCACUUUUUAUCUCCUUUUCAAUUGGCUCUAUAAUAUUUAUGUUGUACAUCAUAGCCAUGUGCUCAUUGUUUAACUAGCAAUACAACUAUACAGAACUGAAGUUAAGAUGAUCACUGAUUUAUUGCUCAACCACAAGUCAAAUAUUUCUUUGGAUCAGGACUCUUAAAAGACCUUUUGUAAAUUUGUAGAAGAAAUAUCUUGAGUGAAAAGAAAAAGAAAAACUCUCUAUAACAAGAAUCCCUCCCUCUUCAUUAUAUAAAAGGCAGCAACAUCAUUACCAGUUCAUUCCACAUACAUUUCACCACUUCCCACAUCUUGACAUUUCACGCUGCUUCAACCAUAUGAUGUGCAUGUGUAAAUAUAACUGUACUCUUUCUCAAGAAAUGAAGCAUUGUUAAUAAUUUUGAGAAGACUCAGUUUUUAUUACAAAUAAUAACAAAUACGGCAUUGUUAGUGUAGCAAACCCAGGUUAAUAAAAUUUGAAGCAAAAAAGGCAAAUAUCCUUGAGGUAUAUUAGUGUGAAUUAUGUGGCAGUCUAUCCUAAAAGAGGAACCUGCUUUGAAGGAUACCGAUUUCUUCUCACAGCACACUAACAUGCCUUCUUGUUUUGCUUUAUUUUUCUUUUGUGAAUUGAUUCUUGCCAACUCAGACCACCACUUCUCUCUUGGAAUUCUAGUAAUUAUAUUUAAAGUUGUAACUUUUAUUAGAAGAGGGAUAAAUUUAGAAAAAUUCUAUAAACAAAAUCAAUUAAAAAGUCUGAUGAAAAUUUACUCAAGAGGUUCUUUUUCUCAUUAGUGGUCAACCUUCUGAAAAACAAAAUAAGGCCCACCAAUUCUGUAUUCUCAGUGCUGAUGGUUUUAUUGCUAAAAAUAUUAAUACAAAAAAAAAAACACUACUAACCACAAAGAUCUUAACAGAAUGUCUUGUUUUUCCUUAAAAAAAAGAAAAAAAAGAAAAAACAUUUGAUAUGUUUCUGUGCUUUCUUGUUUUGUUUUUCUACAUUAAGGAAUAACAAAACAAAAACAAAGUGAGAACAGGAAUUUUCCAUUAGACUCUGCCUAUAUGGCAAGAACACAAUAUUGUAGUACAGCUAUUUGCAAACCCCAGCUCUAACUAUUUCACUUCACUUUUGUUUACUAACAACACAAUUUGAAUAAUCUCUUUCCUUAAAGACCAAUUUCACACAAAAAACUGUCUUAGUAGUGAGGGAAGUGAGAGAAGAAACAGCACGUUUGUGAGUCAUUGAUUGUCACAUGUUUGUAAGUUUUGCCAUUCAACUGACUGACCUUUUGAAUGCUUUCUGUUAUGUUUGUGUGUACAAUACCCCAGCCUGAGCUUUAUGUGAACUUUGUAGGGGUCCAGCAAUGUAUCAGUAUGUCUUGGCUACACUUAUAAAAAUGUAUUACUGAGAUUAGAAAUGAUAGGCAUAACAUUUGUAGCAAAUUUUAAGAUUUUACUAUGUAAAGUGUGUGUGUGAGAGGGAGAGAGAGAUACAAGACUAUGCCUUGCACUUUGUGGCAUGAAUUGUCUACCUAUGCAAGGUUGACACUUGUCACAGGUCAAUGCUGAUUCAAGCAGAUUCAUGAUCAAAUGUAUUCCAGUCAUGACCAUCCUAUCUUUUUGCUAAUGUGUCCUUCCUUUUUUUAAGAAAGUAGCAUGGAGUUUUGGCUGUUCUGUCUGGUAGAAUAGGCUAUUAUGUAGAGGUUCCUUUAGUGGUUAGAAAUAGGUGUUGUUAAGAAGACAUCAAAGUUGUUAGCAUGUUGGGAGAAACCAAAGUUAUUAGCAGAGAGACCACUACUAGCACAAGCUAGAAGAGAGGAGUCACAGAACAAUCCAAUCGAGGUUCUCCAUAUGGUCAGUAGUUUUGAUGGUGUCAGGGAUGAUGGUAUUCUUUUGCCAUUGUUGUGGGAAAGCGAGAAAGAAUGAGAGGCAUUUGAAGUUUUGGUUUGCAGAAUCAAAGAUAUUCUCAUUGUUUCUUAUUGGAGGAAGAAAAAGUAUUGAAAAGUUUUUUGAGGACAGAAAUAAUUUCCAAGUUUGGCCUGUUAAUAGGGGUAGAGUGAUAUUACAUUUGAAAUAGGUGCAUUUGAAGCAAAAUGGACAGCAAGUGUGGUAGCUUCAUCAGGCAGGAACAUUACGGCAUAAUUAGAAGAGGCCAUCAUGCCGAAUGAUCAGGUUUUGUUGCAAUUUGGAGAUGUGGCAUCUUUUGCUUUUAUGAUUGUCAUUGUUGCAGUGGAGGUAAAUAACUUUCAGUUGUUAAAUUGAGCUCAGGCCAAACAUGUGACACGUGUCCUUAUUUUCAGACAUAAAGUAAAUCAUCUCAUACAUCCUUUCAUUUUUAAGAUGACAGGAUGUUUUAUUUAAGAGAUAAUGUGGCUACUGUUUUUAGCACUGGUAACUUUAUUCAAUGACAAAAUUAUAGUGUCACCCCACCAUUUACACAGACAUUGAAUAAUUUGAACAUUAAAGAGUUAUGGACUUAGUAGAGAUUGUUGAGUGACUGACUAAAUACUCUGAAGUCCUUAAUUCCAUUCUAUUGUUUUUAAUUGGAAUUUGUUCAGGGUUCAUCCCUUUAAUCCAUAGUUAUUGUACAGUCUUAAGUUAGUCAAAUGCACACAUAAUGUAAGUCAUUCCAGCCAAUGGCUGUUAUUUCUGGCAAGUCAAACAACAACAGAAAGGUGACAAAAUAAGUUUGAGGAAUUAAAUACUGGUGACUAUUCCAUCACUUCUCUCCUUGUACAAUUUUCUGGACAUUCUUUUACCAACACAAGAAAAAUCAUUAAUUAAAAACUAGAAAAAGAGACAACAAAACAGAAAGUAAUUGGUACAGCAUGACAUGUUUAUUUCAACUUUGAAAUCACUUCUUCAAAUUAUCUCCAUCCUCUUUUUCUGCUAUUAAUUUUUUUCCCUCCCAAAAGUCAAUUUCUAAUAAUAAAAAAGAAAAGAGAGAAACUUGAGUACCAUUUGUCUUUAACGGACAUUUUGCUGCCAAAAAUUUGAGAGAGAGAUGGUACCCCCCACCAGUUAAGAACAAAAAUACAACGGGUUUUCAAA